AUGUUGUCUGAUUUCUUUGCAAAUAAGCUUUAUAGUGAGCAAAGGAGUAAUGAAGUGAUUGCCCUUGAACUGGGGCUUUCAACGUUAGAUUGCUGCAUGCCUAUGUUGAAGCGCGCGGCUGCUUCAGCCUGGAUCCUUCCUUUUUCGGAUGAAACCAGAGACCACAAGAGGGGUAAACGGACACCGAGUUUUGCUGAAUCUGUUUCAAGUAACAGUAGCCUGUCCAGUGGUGGAAGCAGCAUUAGCCGCAGUAGCAGCGCUAGUAGCUUAACUAGUUUGCCGGGGUUCCACUUCCGGGAUCACAUAUGGGCUUAUAAUCAGAGAUACCUUGCUGCUGAGGCUGCAGAGGAGGCGGCACAGGCCUUGAUGAAUGCUGAGGAUGGUGGAGCUGCCGAAGAAGAUGGCACUGCCGAUGGUAUGAGGCUUGUUCAGCUUCUCAUUGCUUGUGCAGAAGCCGUGGCUUGUCAAGACAAGUCACAUGCCUCAGCUUUGUUGUCAGAAUUAAGGGCCAAUGCAUUGGUCUUCGGCUCUUCCUUCCAACGUGUUGCUUCUUGCUUUGUCCAAGGUCUCACUGACCGUCUUGCAUUGGUUCAGCCCCUUGGAACGGUUGGUUUUGUAGCACCACCACCAAUGAACAUAAUGGAUGCUGCGACCUCUGAUAAGAGAGAGGAAGCUUUGCACCUUGUCUAUGAAAUUUGUCUACAUAUUCAGUUUGGUCACUUCUUGGCCAACUCUUUAAUAUUGGAAGCCUUUGAGGGAGAGAGUUUUGUCCAUGUGGUGGACUUAGGGAUGACCCUUGGUUUGCCACAUGGGCACCAAUGGCGAUGGCUGAUCAAGAGCCUCGCCAACCGUGCUGGCCAACCGCCUCGCCGCGUUCAAAUAACUGCCGUUGGCCUUUGCGGUGAUAAAUUCCAAAUUAUUGGAGAUGAACUUGAGGCUUAUGCGCAACAUUAUGGUAUAAAUUUAAAGUUUUCCAUUGUGGAAAGGAACUUAGAAAACCUGCAGACUCAAGACAUCCAAGUAGAUGAAAGAGAAGUUCUUGUUGUCAAUAGCAUCCUUCAGUUGCAUUGUGUGGUUAAAGAAAGUCGAGGAGCUCUAAAUUCAGUCCUGCAGAUAAUCCAUGAGCUAUCACCAAAACUUUUGGUCUUAGUUGAGCAGGACUCAAGCCACAAUGGGCCAUUUUUUCUAGGGAGAUUUAUGGAAGCAUUGCAUUACUACUCAGCAAUUUUUGACUCCCUAGAUGCCAUGCUGCCCAAAUAUGACACCAGGCGCGCCAAAAUGGAACAGUUCUACUUUGCAGAGGAAAUAAAAAACAUUGUGAGUUGUGAGGGGCCUGCAAGGGUUGAGCGACAUGAGAGGGUGGAUCAGUGGCGACGCAGGAUGAGCCGCGCAGGAUUUCAAGUGGCACCCAUCAAGAUGAUGGCUCAGGCCCAGAAAUGGCUCAAGAAUGAAAAGGUCUGUGAAGGUUACACUGUUGUGGAAGAGAAGGGAUGCCUGGUUCUUGGAUGGAAAUCAAAGCCAAUAAUUGCUACUUCUUGUUGGAAAUGCUGAAGCAUAGCUGCCUGCCUAAUAAAGUUACCUUGGACUCUAAUGGUAACAAGAUAGCUUUGUAAGCCAAUAAGGUCUCUAUUCCAUUUGUGCCACUAUGUUAUACAUGUAGCAAAAUUUGGAGUGAAAGCCAGUCGUUUGGAAUUUGAGUUUGAGCUGUUCAGUCUGUUUGAACAGAUGAAAUAAAGCAAAUGUAUUGUUGUUUGGUUCCUAA